UUGUAUUGUUUGUUGUUGCUGCUGCUGCUCCGGUUUGGACUUUGACACGACGUUUAAACAAUAACUAAAAAACGGCCAAGAUGUUUAGGGCAAAGGUGAACAGGAAUCUCUCCUUUCUAUCCACCAACUCCUCACGGACAACGACAACGCACGGCCAGCACUAUCAGUAUCUGCAGUGUUCGAAGCUGCCGACGCUCUACUUUCAGCGCUCGCUGCCCCGGCUGCCCAUACCUCUGCUGGAGAACACUUGCCAGCGUUUCCUGGCCGCUGUGCAGCCACUGCUGACGCCCCAGGAGCAUGGACGCACGCAGCAGGUGGUGGAGCAGUUCCGCCAGGGCAUCGGCAUGGAGCUGCACGCCAAGCUGAAGGCCCACGAUGCGGAGAACAAGCACACCAGCUACAUAUCCCAGCCAUGGUUCGACAUGUACCUGGCCGAUCGUGCGCCCCUGCCCCUCAACUACAAUCCGCUGCUGGUGAUGAAGAGCGACACGCGGCCGGAGUACCAGCAACAAGUGGUGCGUGCCACCAAUGUGAUCAUCAGCUCGCUGCGCUUCUGGCGCUCGCUGCAGGCCGAUCUGCUGGAGCCGGAGGUGUACCACAUGAAUGCCAAGAAGAGCGACACGGCCAGCUAUCGACGCUGGAUGAAGGUGGCGCCCAAGGCCUUUGCCACCUACGCCUCCUACGCAUUCAAGGCCUUCCCCCUGGACAUGAGCCAGUACAAUCGUCUGUUUGGCACCUCGCGCAUUCCCCGUCUGGGCAAGGACGAGCUUGUGCAGUCGCCUGAGUCCAAGCACAUUCUGGUGAUGCGACGCGGUCACAUGUACGCCGUGAAUGUGCUCGACUCCAGCGGCUACAUUGAGAGUCCCAGCGUGAUUCUGGGCAGACUGAAGGCUGUCCUAAGGCUAGACUCGGAGCGCGAGGCUGCUGCUGUGCCGCUGGGCGUGCUGACGGCCUCACAGCGCGAUGAAUGGGCCAAGAGCAGGGCAAAUUUUGUGCUCAAUCCGAAGAACGCAGAUCUGCUGCAGAGCGAGGUGGAUGCUGCUCUGUUUUGCGUUUGUCUGGACGCCGAGGAGGAUGGCAUUUACAACGAAAACAGCCAGGAGCCGCUGCUCAAGCAUUUGCUGGCAGGCAAGGCGCAGAAUCGUUGGUUCGACAAAUCAAUUUCGCUGCUGAUCAGCGCUGAUGGCACGACGGCCAUUAAUUUCGAGCAUUCCUGGGGCGAUGGUGUCGCUGUGCUGCGCUACUUCAAUGAGCUCUACAAGGACACGCUGCAGCAGCCAUUCGUGUCCACGGAGACGGUGCACACACCCGCUGAAGGUGACUUUGGCAAUGUGCGGCCCAUCAACUUUGAGUUCGAUGAAGUGACCAAAUCGGCCGUGGAGCAGGCCUAUGCCAAGAACGCGGCCAUUGUGGACAGCCUGGACAUGCAUCUGCUGCGUUAUUCGCACCUGAACAAGCUGACCUGCAAGCAGUACGGCCUGAGUCCCGACUCCAUCAUUCAGCUAUCCUUCCAGCUGGCACAUCGCCAGGCCUUUGACGGCUAUGUGGGCAGCUACGAGUCCUGCAGCACCUCCGCCUUCCGACAUGGCCGCACCGAGACGAUGCGUCCCUGCACGACGGCCACGCGGGACUUUUGCGAGGCUGUGCUGCAGCCGGCGAGGAGCAAGCCGAGUGCCGGCGAGCUGCGUGCCAUGAUCGACAAGUGCAGCAAGGUGCACGGUCAGCUGACGAAGGAGGCGGCCAUGGGACAGGGCUUCGAUCGGCAUUUGUUUGCGCUAAGGCAGACCGCACAGCGUGAGGGAUUGCCCAUACCCGAGCUAUACGAGACUGACGCCUAUCAGCGCAUCAACAAUAACAUUAUCAGCACCUCAACACUCGGUUCGGAUGCCCUGCUGGCGGGCUCCUUUGGCCCUGUGGUCAAGAAUGGCUUUGGCAUUGGCUAUUCGAUUCAGAAUGAAUUUGCUGGCGCAAUUGUCACCACGUACAAGCAGCAGGCCGAGGGCAAGCUGUUUAUUGAUAGCCUGGAAUCGGCAUUCGAUAAAAUAUGUGCCGUCAUCAAGGAGAGCAGCAGCAGCUCCAGCGGCAACAAGGAGAACAAAUAGUGGAUCCAUCCUAAGACCCGUCCCAACUUUAUGGCUUUAAACCUAGAAUGAGAUUUAUGCCCUUUGCCACCAGCAAUAUGUUAUUCCAAGCUCUACAAUUUAUAGAUUAAAUAUCGACUGAAAAAUA